AUUUAAUUGGUGCCGACGUAUAAUUAUGUCUGAUGGGCAGUCGCAGUGUGAUUCACUUGCACAAUCUCCACAUGCGCAGGCGCCGCGGGUCAAGCCGGCCGUGCUGGACGCCGUCUCUGUGGCUCUAGAUGAGUCCGAUGAAGCCACAGAACCUGCCGUUCAAGUCCCGAAGUGCUCGCUUGUCGACGUCAACUUCCUGUUUCCGUCGUCGUGGGGAAAUUCGUCUGCAUACCAACGUCUGCGCCACUUGCGAUCGAUUGAAGCGAGUGCGCUGCGCUACCAACUGGAACGUGAGUCUAAGUCCACGCCUAUGAAUGAGCGCGACGUACCGGCACUUCGUCGUAUCGAUGCCUUCAUGGAGAUCCAACGGCGGGAAUGUUUUCGAUUGGAUGGGAAGAACCCUCACUACUGCUCCAACUCGCACAUGUACUUAUAUGCAGCACGCAACGAAGACGGCGAGAUCAUUCGAAAGGAGUCCGUUCGCGACCGCGUGUGGCCACCCAAAGAGUUUGCCCUGAAAAACACACCAAAGACAGGUCCGGGGCGCGGCGGCGGACGUAAACGCAAGGUACCUGACAAAACGCCCGCUCAACUGGACGAGGAACGGCUAGCCAUGGACACUGGCAAGACUUGCAUUGAUUGUGGGGCAAUGAGCUCCCCGUUGUGGCGCCAAGUCGAUGCUGUCGUGGAGAUUCCAGACACACUCGCCCCUGAUCAAGAGGUCAUCAUACCAAAAGAAGACAUAUGUCUUGCAUGCUACGUGCAGCGCACGUGCGGAUCGAAAGUUCGAGCUGGCCAGCUGUCCAAGAAAAAGAAAGAGAAAGCGUUGAUGUCCAAGGCCGUGAAGGACGAGUCGUCCAAAUUGAAGAAGAUGGCGGCGGCCGUCCCUGUUGCCCCUUCUCCCGCCGUAAGCACACCAAUAGUUCCUGUGGCAAGCGCAGCUGAAUCAGAAGGUGACGAAGCAGACGACAUUAGCACAGGCGACGACAAACGGCGCAAAAAGAGCACGAAAAAAUCGUCCAAGAAGAAGAAGAAAAAGUCGAAACGAAGCUCGUCGUCCGCUCCUGGUUCUCCGGCGGUGUCUCCAAAACGAUCCACCACUUCCCCGAAGAAAUCGAAUCCUGUGGCGCUCACCCCCCUCGUUGUUGUGCACGACGACGACAACGACAGUGCCGACAUGAUUCCACCGCCUCCAACGUCUCGAUCAAGUCGAAAGGAGUCGAAGAAGCGGUCGCGGGACGCUUCACCUCGCGUGACGCCCAAAGCCAGCAAAUCCUCCAAGAAAGACUCGGCCGCCAUCUUACCGAUCGAAACCCCCCGGGAAAAGGAGCUACGCGCGAAGGGACAGUAUUGCCCUGUGUGCAAUCGAACGUACGAAGACGACGAUGCGAGCGAGUUUGUGUGCUGCGACGGGUGCGAAAUGUGGGUGCACAGCUUCUGCGACCCCCUCAUGAAUGCGGAGCGACUGCAUGCACUGGCCGACACGGAUGCGAAGUAUAUUGGCCCGUGCUGUGCCCACAAAAAGCGCCAACGGUGAAGUCGAAGCUCGAGAUGAGGUCUGGUAACUCUGAAUAUACAAUUGCAAUGGCAACUUUUGCUGCGCUG